AUGGCUGACGCAACGUUGCCUCCUGCCGCCAGGAUUGUGCCCGUCAUGGCGCGUGCAAGGCCCAAGGCACAGUCCGCUGGCCAGAGCGCGCUUUCCUCCCGCCGGAACUCGGCCGCGGAGAUCGAAGUGUCCGAUCAGCGUCUGAAGGAGCGCCUGGAGGAGCUGAAUUGCUACCCAGCCGAGACCACUGGGGAUGGCAAUUGCCUGUUCUACUCGCUGUCGGACCAGCUGUACGGCACCCCAGACCGGCACGACGAGGUCCGCCGGCGCUUGGUGGACCACAUCCGCGAGCACCGAGACGCCUUCAUCCACUUUGUCGACCUCGGUCCUAACCGGCCCCGAUCUACACGAGAGGCCUCUCGGCAGGCAAACAGAUUGUUCGGCGGUGUUGGCUCGGUUCCGAGCACGGAGAAGAUUGACUCGAAAUUCGAGGAUAUGCUGCUGAAGAUGGGGGAGCCACAUGAGUGGGGUGGUGCUUUUGAGCUCCAAGCCUUUUGUCAGGCCUAUGCGCGAGACAUUAUUGUCUACCAGGCCGACAAUGUACAGGAGUUCACCAGCAACCUCCACGAUGUGGAUCCGAACCGGAAGACCGUGCAUCUUGCAUUCCACGGCUACCAGCACUACUCGUCGGUCAGAAGCCUGGAUGGGCCCCGUGAAGGGUUGCCAAAUCUUCCACGGCGACUUGAGGGAGCUGACGCCCAAUUUGUUACGGAGGAAGUCAGACGGCAUUCUGUCGCGACGCAGACUUCCCCAACGUCGUUGGCCCUAGCGGAGCCAUGGAAAAUCAGCACCAUCGCCGAGGCGCUUCCUGGCCUGGACUACGACACGAUCAGGGCGGUGUUGAUGAAGUGCCGGGGAGAUAUUGAGUUUGCCUUCUCUCGUCUUCUCGAUGAUGACUUGCCCUCGUCAUCACAGUCCCCUGACACCACUACGGAUACUGAGACUUGUCCGGUCGUCCCCCAAACCCCAGCCGGACAUCUCAAUCCAGCGACUCGGGCUUAUCUGGGAGCUUCGUCAAGAUCAUCUUCCCGCCAUAGCACUGGGAGCAAACGCCCCGCCGACCUGAGUGAAGACGACGACGAGGAGCCGGUUCGAUCCGGUGUUCGCCGCCGUCGCGCUCGGGAGCGGAAGCGCCGUGUCCUACAAGAUGUGACGGUUGGGAUUUCCGUAAGGGGUGACAACAAAGAUGACGUCAUAUCCAUCCAGCUACGGGUUGAUCCGGACGCUGUGGUUGAGCCCCCAAAGAGGGCUACCACGCCGCAGGAUGACAGCGGUGAUGAUGCAGGCAGAGUUGCUGCAAUUGAAGUCCCUGACGAGGACGCAACCAUCAGUACGGCCAAGCUCGAGCGUUCUGAUGGCUCCAACGACAGCACGGUUGCGACUGGCAGCGAGUGA